GAGGUGUAGGAGGAGGAGGAGGAGGAGGAGGAGGAGGUAAACAGAAACUACAACUGAAGUAAGCUUGAAGCGCAGUUAGUGUGAGCUGCCACUCGCGUAAGCAGCGUGUUUGCUUUCAGUCACGUCCUUCUCACAGCUCACCGAGUCAAACGCUGAGAUUCAUCGACAACUUCUUUGUUUGUUUACAUUAUAGACGGAUGGUUUCUGUCAUUCCGGCACGAGAACAUGGAUGAAAAGCUUUAAGAAAACCCCUGUGAGGUUGUUGGGGUUUGUGUGUAUGUGUGUGGGAACUCGGUGGAAUGAGGCGAAUCGGUUCACCGCCGCUUCACUCGGAGACGGUUCUGUGGCUCGUCUCUGUGCGCUUUGCGGUUUGAGUGCGCGUUUUCGCUUCGUUUUGGGAUGUUUGCGCGUUCAUUAGGAGUCAUCUUGUUCCUCUGGGCUUUAGUGCUCAGAGCUGGUUUGUGCUCCGAGCUAAAAGUAAGGGUUCGACUCUCUAAUGGCCAAAUCGCUGAAGAGCUGCUGGAGGCGGACAGUGACAGAGACUCCAUCACAGUGGAGUACCGGCAAUCUGAUGGCACACUCAUCACUUUCGUGGCAGAUUUUAAACAGGAUGUGAAGAUCUUCCGGGCAUUGAUUCUAGGAGAAUUGGAGAGAGGGCAAAACCAGUACCAGGCACUGUGCUUCAUCACACGCCUCAGCCACAAUGAGAUCAUCUCCAGCGAGUCCAUGGCCAGACUCCGGCAGAAAAACCCAUACACCGUAAGAACGGCGGAGGAGAAGAAGCCAACAGAGACGCUCAGCAUGAACGUGGCGGUUAACGUGAUGCUGGCAUGGCAGCUGAGUUCCCUCGUCUACAACACAUGCAGUGUGGCGCACGACGCCGUGUACACGCGUGAGACCGACAUGCACCACUGGCUGGACACAGGUAUUGAGAGCUCCGUGUUUGAGACUCUACCGCAGGCUGUUGAGGUUCCUGGACUGAAGAGCUGCCGCUCCGUGACGGAUCUUUGGCAGGCCUGCUCCUGCAGUUACAGCAUGAGGCUCGAGUGGUACCCAUGUCUGCUCAAGUACUGCCGAAACAAGGAUUCCUCAGGACACAGUGCCCCGUACAAGUGCGGCAUCAAGAGCUGCAGCAAAGGCUAUGACUUUACAUACUACACGCCUCAUAAACAGCUGUGUCUGUGGGAGGAGGAGACUUAGCGAUGCAUGCUCAGCUUCACAACGCCAAUUUUUUUUUUUUUUGUUCACUCUUUGUUUGAGCCCCGAGCUAUUUGAACUCAACUAUCCAUGCUUGAGAGUAUGCAUGACAUAAUCUUGCAGAAAACAUAACACGAAGAACAGCUUUGUUUCUGUGAGUUCUUGUGAAAUUUCAGCAGACUUUUCAAAAGGUUUCACUACGAUUAACGGAUUAACGGAGGUGGAAGGAGCGUCUACAGAACCUGCCGAUCCACUUCCUGUAGACCAAGCAACUGUGAAUCAAGUGAUAGUCUAACAAGCUGUAAUCUGUUGAUUACCAAAAACAUGUUCAGCAAGGAUUUUCUGUUCACUAUGUCUUCUAAUUUAUUGUUUGCUAUGGGAAAUUAUUGAAAAAAGCACAAGUCUAAUUUACAUGUUCGAAAACAUGUUCCUCACUUUUUUUUUAAUAAGUAUUUUGUUGCCCUUAGGUAUCAUGAUCAGACUGAUGAUGUUAUGAAGAAUUGGGAUAAGAUUUCCUUUGCUGAUAUUUCAGUGCAGUAUGAAACACUAUCUCACUGUUGGGUUAUAACUGUUUGUUUCACUCUUAUUAAGUUCUGCGUAUUUUAAAGAAAAAUCCACCCUGAACAACUUGCCUUUUAACCUUUACAAUUAACCUGUGACCUCCUGAGUUUAGUUAAAUGGCUGCAUCAGCCACAAUGCUGUUCAAUUACACCAAUAGUCGUGCUAAAAGGAUUAGUCUGCAUGCCUGACUAAGGAGAGCAUUGCAGUAGUGCUUUAAUCCUUUUAGCAUGUGGAGCGGUCUCACAUCCUCCUAACAGAUGCUAAUACCAUCGUCAUCUACUAGAUCGAUAACUGGCCAAGCUUUAUCUCGGCAUAAGUGUGUCAUGAUAUAGUAUAAUAUAGAUGCAAUACAUUCUGGAACUUUUGAGUCUAGCAUUUGCUGUCUCUAAUAUUGCUAGGAUGAUUUUCAUAUUAAUACGACAUAAAUGUCACUGGAAAAUGGCAGAUUGGGAAAAUGCUCUUUAGGAGAAAUUUCUCAGCAAUUAAACACUGUUAUAGUGUCUUGCUAAGACGUCAUAGCAGGAGAUUAUUACUUAUUACUAAACUAUCCAAAAAUACAACACUAACGAAUGAAUUGGCACUGAAUAACAAACCCAAUCAGAUUCUAAAUCUAAACAUAUUUCAGGGUAGAGUUUUUCUUACUGUUUAUUUUUGUUAUUAUUAUAAGGUUCUUGGAAAUUAACAUCACCAGUAUUUUAAUUUUCUUACAAAAACCCAUUUUGAUAUGGGAAGCAUUUUUGCCCCCUAACUAUUCAUUUAGUAGCCAUGAUUUCAAGGAUAUAUAUCUGCAGUGUGUUCAAAACAGACACCAAUAUUGUAUUCACGGUUUUCCACCCAACACCGCCACCUCGUGGUGAUUUUGUUUUCAACAAAACACAACAGUUGAUCCCCAAAUUACCGCAAGUGUUCUUGCUUAAUAAACCGUUAUAAUCAAGCCAGCACAUGUUUAACUAUUAUCAAGCAGGACCAAAAAUAAUAUUGUGCUGAGAGAGCUUUGAUUUAGCAAAGAAUUCAUUCUCUUAAUUUGCAAUUGUAUUUUUCUAUAGAAAUGUGUUAAUUGUUUACUGUACUAAAACAACUGAUUCAGUUAAUACAAUCUCUUGCAAAAAAGUAAGGCAAUGAGAAAUUCUCAAUGCCAAAUUAUACCUGCCCAAAUUUAAUUAUGGGUAUUUAAAGUGCCUUGACACAUCAGUGUUUACUGAUUUAUUUUAUAGGUAGAUGUUAUAGAAUUGUGUAAAAAAAUAUUUUUUUACGAAAAUGUUAAAUGAGUAUGAAGUAAUAAUUUGAAAUAAAAUCUAUGUUCCAGAAAA